AUGGCCAGUCAUCGCCGCCGCCAGGUGGUGAAGCUCGAGCCGCCGCGCUCGGAAUACGACUUCAUCGCAGAAGAUGAAGACCCUUUGUUCUUCUCGAACGAUCACUUGCCUUCGCUUGGAAUCUGUGAAAGUGGAAGAGGGCAUAUUUCUUCGGUCGAGUGGCAGUAUUAUUUGUCGAUUCAUGGGUCUUUUCCGAUGUCGGCGACGUCGUUUCCAGACGAUACUUGGUACUCCACUUUAGACAUUGUUGAGCACAGGAAUGCUAGUGUCGCCGAAGACAAUGUUGUUAGCUUCGGCGAUGCGAACCGGUUAUUAGAAGAAUUUAAGGAAAUGAACGGUUGCUUCGAGACAGGAAUAAAGGCAGCGGUGGGUACCGAUGGAGAUCUAGCAAGCUUGCUUGAUAAUAUGAUUGUGGGUAAUGGAACGUCAGGGUUAAGUGCGGAACGGGAAGGUGAAGCAACAGAAACUAGGACCAGCAUCAAAAUGCUGUCUCGCGAAGACAUCUCCAAGUACUUCUACAUGCCGAUCACGCAAGCAGCCAAGGAGCUCAACGUCGGGCUGACCCUCUUGAAGAAGAGGUGUCGGGAAGUUGGGAUCCGCCGGUGGCCCCACCGGAAGCUCGCGAGCCUCCAAACCCUAAUCAAGAACGUCCAGGAACUGGGGAGGGGCGAGGAUGAGAGGAGGCUGCGAGAGGCGAUAGAGUUGCUGGAGAGAGAGAGGAAGUUGAUGGAGGAAGCGCCGGAGCUGAAGCUGGAGGACAAGACCAAGAGGCUUAGGCAGGCGUGCUUCAAGGCCAACUACAAGAGGAGGAAGCUUGUCCCAAGAACAUCAUCCUGA